CAAGUAGGGGAAGUUGCAAGUUCUUUUCUCACCGUUUCGGCACUGCUCAGCUUCACAGAAGCGGAUCCCAUCAGGAACACAUAUGAAUGAGUGGAUGUGGGGAACACCAUUCUGCAAGUUAAAGCAGACAUACCCUACUCAGUGCUCGCCCGGCGCAGCUGAGAAACCAAAAUGCCCGCGGAAUCUGCAUGGUGUCACCCUGCUUUGCUCCUGCUCCUCUCCUCCGUGCCCCUGUGGGCAGCCGAGAUUUCCUGCAGGAAUGAAGACGGGGAGGCUGUCGACUGGUUUGCUCUUUACAAGUUGCCAAAACAUGCCAAAGGAGAGAUCCGCCUACUGGGGCUGGAAUACAUGUACAUGGACACCCUGGCUCCACAGUGGCAGCUCGGUAAAUACCUCAUCAACAUGACGCAGGGCGCUCUGGGACAAACACUGAAGCAGCUCUACGAGACGUACGAAUCCGAGAGGGACAGCAUUGCGUAUGCGAUAUACAACGAUGAGGUCCCUGAAUCAGACUCUGACGGGCUGAAAAAAGGACACACCAAAGGAUUUCUGCUCUUGGACAAAUCACAAGGCUUCUGGGUGAUUCAUAGCGUGCCCCUGUUCCCUCCCAUCCCUGAGGAUGGUUAUGGAUAUCCAGCUUCUGGGGAGUCCUACGGACAGACGGCCAUCUGUAUCACCUUCAAAUAUGAUCAGUUCACAGAAAUAGACCAACAGAUGCUGAGUUAUAAUCCAGGAAUCUACAGCUGUUCUAUCCCUAACGUCUUCCAAGCUGAUCUCCCAAAUCUGCGGAAGCUCUGCGCAGGGUCCAGGCUGCCCUCGGUCCCUUUGCGCCACCUCUCCAAGCUCCAGUCAGCUCACGGGGAAACGUUUCUCCACUUUGCAAAGUCACAGUUGUUCAUAGAUGAUAUCUACGUGGCCUGGAUGGCUCAGGAACUGAAGACCGAUUUGUUGGCUGAAUCCUGGCAGCAUUCUGGCCAAAAACUUCCCUCAAAUUGCUCUCUCGACUACCACGUCUACAACAUAAACCUAAUAGGGAUGCCAUUGAAUUCCACCUUUCAUUCCAUCAACGAUCAUUCCAAAUGGGCUGUUUCAAGGGAAUACAAAGAUCAGUGGACCUGCAUUGGAGACUUAAACCGUGCUGCCGAGCAAGCUUGGAGAAGUGGUGGGUUCAUCUGCACACAGAACCAAGACAUCUACAAAGCCUUCAGGCAUUUGAUAGUCCACUAUGAAAGUUGCACGGAGGCCUCCACAUUGAUAUAACGAACCAUUCCUCCCAAACAGCCCGGCCCCUUGUUAAAGAAAGUGUAAGAAAUGUCUCCCUUAAACUAUAUUUUCACUCUGAAAAAUGACCCUUUGAGUUGCCAGAUGUGUUAGACCGUCACCUCGUUAGCUAUAAAAGCAGGCGGUUUGCAGAUAAAUGAUGGCUGUUUUUCUCUGGGUGCGGACCAGCAGGCUCUGUGUGUGCUGAGCCACGCUCCGCUCUCUCCCCGGCUCCCCUCGCCAUCAGCGCCAGGGUGGGAGGAGACAGGCCGGGACGCUGCUGCACAAGGCUGCACCAAAGCACAUUGCUGUGAGCGAGCGUGUGCGGGUGUCGCCGGGGAACUUGUGAGUGAUGCUGGAGGGGGGACGAGAGGAACAACCGGAACGUGUCUCGUUAGCUGGGCUGUCGGGGCUGGGCGGUUAGCAAGAGGAAAGUACCCCAAAAUGCUUCAAAAUCACUCAUGUUCCAGGCACUGUUGAGGUCAAUCACAGCAUUUCUGCUCAGUUUGGUCUGAAUCUCUUAAAGGGCUGACAUAAUUGGAUACAGACAGGGAGACGAGUAGAUCUGUGGACAGGAAGGUUUCGUUUUUACGUGAUUGAUUUUUAGAGAAGAAAUGAGCUUUAAAUCAUUUGUAACCAAUAGCUUGGGAGUACUUCUAGUGCUUUUAUUCAUGUGCAGCAAUCUUACAAACCAAUAAACAUGUCCAAAAUAUGAAUAAGCAAAAUAAAUUGAUAGAGAAAACGGUAUGUUUACAGUCUGUUUAUGGUUGGUUAUGAUGUUUUAUAGCUGCCAAAGGAAAAAUGGAGACAAUUAGGAAAAACUUCAAAAGAAAAGAGA